UUUUUUAUUUUUUUUAUUUUUUUCACUCAACUAUACAUACAUAAAAGGGCCUCAACAAGCCUUCACAUAUUAAACCCCCAAACAACACAAACACACAAACAGAGCCAAACUAUGAAGUUUCGACACGUUAUCCCAUUUCUUUUGGUCAUGUUAUCGAGCCAUAUGAUUUUAGGCUACGCCAAAAGGCACCAUAAGUUAAAAUUGAGCCCCCCAACAAAUCCAUACAAAGGUAAUUAUGAUUCAAAAACCUUUAAUGUGAUGGAUUACGGUGCCAAAGGCGAUGGCAAAACAGACGACACGAAGGCGUUUGAAAAUGCCUGGUUAGAUGCUUGCAAAGCGGGAAAUUCAGAGGUAUUAGUUCCUGCUGAUUACACAUUUUUGUUGGGGCCUCUGGACUUAUCAGUGCAGAAUUGCAAUAACAUCAUUUUCCAGUUGAAUGGAAAUUUAUUAGCCUCCACAAGUUCCAGUGCCUGGAAAGCAAAUCCUUUACAAUGGCUUAAUUUCAGAUAUGCCACAGAUUUACGAAUCCAAGGCACGGGUCAAAUCGAUGGCAAAGGACUCGUUUGGUGGAAUAAAAACAACGGCUUUUCAACUGCACCAACUGCAUUGAGAGUUGCUGAUGUCAAGGGCUCGACGGUUGUUGGCAUAAGCUUCGUAAAUAGCGCGAAAGCCCACUUGAAAUUCGACAACUGUGAUGGGGUUUUAGUCGACACGAUCAGCAUUCAAUCACCGGGGGAUAGUCCCAAUACGGACGGUAUCCAUUUGCAAAACUCUGUAAAUGUGGAAAUUCGAGAGAGCAAAAUCAGUAACGGAGACGAUUGCAUAUCGAUACAAACGGGAUGUGAGAAUGUACUUAUAGACAGAGUUACAUGUGGGCCUAGCCACGGUAUCAGCAUCGGUGGAUUAGGGAAAGACGGGGAAAAAGCCACCGUCUCGGGUGUUAUAGUCCGGGACUCGACAAUCACCACUUCCAUGACCGGAACAAGGAUCAAGACUUGGCAGGGCGGGUCAGGUGCGGUAAACAAUGUGAGUUUCACAAACAUCCGAGUUUCAAAAGUCGACACGCCUAUAGUCAUCGACCAAUACUAUAGCGACAAAGGGCAUACUCAGAACAAGACUUCGGCUGUGGCUAUAACUGAUAUAUCAUUCGUCAACUUUCAAGGAACAUAUAAUCAAAAAGCUGUUUCAAUUGCUUGCAGUGAAAACGAGCCGUGCAAAGGUGUAACCUUGUCGAACAUACGCCUCAACUCAGCAUCUUCACAAGCAGAGUCUCCAUUUUGCUAUCGUGCGUAUGUCACUGCAGAGGAUCCUGUCUCUCCUUCUGUUAACUGCAAUGGUAGCUAGCUAAUAAUGUUUGGUUCGUAAAUUUAAUUAUGCGACGUGCCAAAUAUUGUGUAAUAACAUACAUUAUUAGUCACGCGUUCGCCUUUUUUUCGUCUAGGUGUUUUUUGGGUAUGUUAGGGGAAUGUGUGCGGGUUAGUCUGUAAGACGAACGAACUAUGUAUACGAAUUAAUAUAUAUAGGUGUAUUGAAAUGUGAUUUUAGUAGUCAUUUUUCAUUUUCAUAGAGAAGCAAAAAGCUUUUGCAUAUUCCACACAUUAGAAAAAUGGCUGCAGAAACUCGAGCAACGAGACAGAGAGCAUUUAGGAAAACAUGGUAUAAGGCAUGCAAAGUGAAUGGAGGGGUGAUUUUAGUGCCCGCGGGAUAUACAUUUCUAUUGCAGACAGUGACUUUUGAUGGAAGUAAUUGCAAACCAAACACUGGAUUCCAAAUUGAUGGUACAAUAGUAGCUCCAGAUAUAUCAAAGUGGCCGAAAUCUGAUUUUCAGUGGAUUCUAUUUAUAAAUAGUAGAAAAGGUCUAAUAGUCAAAGGUAACGGAAUAAUCGACGGACGAGGUGCGCCCUGGUGGAACACAAGUCUAUUCAGGCCACACGCCUUGAGGAUUGCAAAUAGCUCAAACGUGGUUGUAGCAGGAAUAACUAUCCAAAACCCUCCUCAAAUGCACCUUUUUAUCGACAACGGCCAAUACAUUCAAGUCUACAACUUUAAGACAUCGGCUCCAGCCGAAAGCCCCAACACAGAUGGGAUUCACCUCUCGAAUUCUCAACAUGCCGUCAUUCAUAACAACACUCUUGCGUGCGUGUACAACGUCAACUGCGGGCCUGGACACGGAUACAGCAUUGGUGGGCUCGGGCCGAACUUCUCGGAGGCCCAAGUUUCCGACGUUUCUAUUUUCGACUCAAAGGUGCAAAACUCGUUGACCGGAGUCAGAAUUAAAACAUGGCCGGGAGGCUCGGGUUCCGUGACCAACAUCCGAUUCUCCAACAUCCAAAUGUCGAACGUGCGGACCUCAAUCGUGAUCGACCAAUUCUACUGCGGCGGCCAAAAAACGUGCACCAUCAUGAGCCGGAGCGCGGUUCAAAUAUCGAACGUGACGUUCGAGAAGUUGACAGGCAGCUACACGGACAAGCCAGUUUCCCUCCUAUGCAGUCCGUACAAGCCGUGUCGGUCCCUAAAAGCCUCGAUUAUCAACCUUGUGCCGUCUAACCCGGGCCUCGGGCCAGCCCAAGCCGAGUGCUCAAACACCCGAGGACAAGUGCUCACGCCAACCACGCCGCCUUUAAACAACUGUCUCAUGGGCCCGCCGGAAGGGUUGUUUGGAAGAAGUUAA